UGUCAUUUAUUGGCAAAGCAUUUAAACAACAUUUUAAUAAUGAACUUCGCUUACCAAGAAUUACAGCUCUAGAUCCAGCUGGACCAAUAUUUGUUUUGAAAUUUUGUCCAAAAUUAGAAAAAGGAGAUGCUGAUAUGGUUGAUGUGAUACAUACUGAUACCAAUUUAUUUGGAUAUCCCACAAAUUUGGGGUAUGUAGAUUAUUAUCCGAAUAUGCAUUUACUGAUGGGCGGUCAACCUGGGUGUAGUAAUGCAGAAGACGGCCGUAUAGAAGGUCCCGGAUGUUCGCACUAUCGAUCAUGGAAAUUUUACAGCGAAUCAGUUCUAAAUCCAACAGCAUUUCCCAGCGUACGAUGUAUUAAUAAAUAUGCAUUCUUAUUUAACUAUUGUGACAAUGAUAGCCUGACGUAUAUGGGAUACCUUUAUCCAGACAAGGGCAACGGAGAAUACUAUUUAGAAACAGGUCCUCGGCAACCAUUUGGAAUGGAAAUGGAUGGAAUUCCAAAUUUACCGAUUGAAAUAUACGAUUUUGAUGAAAUGUAA